AUGGCACCACAAGAACUGAUUCUCUCGGCAUGUUCUUCCGACCCGUCCUCAUCAACUUCUGCCGCUCGACAGCAGUCUACACCCUCGAUACAUCUUCACGAUAUACUAACUUCGACACCAGUACAGUCCUUCAAGAACUCCGCUAGCUCGUCUCAUUCUUUGGGAUAUGUACAGAGUCAGAAUGGGCAAGGAGGAGGAGUGUUUGCUGUUCAGGAAGGGAAGGGUAUAUUGAAUAUUUGGGCAUGGCAGAAAGAUCAAAUGCACACCAAGAUACACUUACCAGAAAAGAUGACCUGUUUCGCCCUUUCUCCAAAUGGGAUGUGGGCAGCAGCAGGUUCACCUAACGGUCAGAUAUAUUUCUGGGAGAUUGCCUCAGGUCUACUCCUAGCAUCAUUAACAGCUCACUAUCGAUCCCUAACUUCUCUAACAUUCACUCCCGACUCUCAAAUCCUCAUAUCGACCUCCCUAGAUUCCUCAACCCAUAUAUUCUUAGUUUCACGAUUGAUCGAUCCUGAAGAUCAAGCAUUAGCUGGUAAACCAUAUGGAUCAUUGACGGAUCAUACAUUAGCAGUCAGGGGUGUGGGGCUCGGCAGGUUGGCGGGAAGUAUGGGAGGAAGGAUAUGGACUUGUUCGGAUGAUGGCACUGUGAAGAUGUGGUCACUUCAUCCUCCAUUCCCUCUACUCGCAACCUUCACCUUACCUCCUUCGUCAUCCCCUACAAGCUUGGCUAUCGACCCUACCGAACGAUUCUUUUACGUCUCCACAAGUCAAGGAGAAGUAUAUCAUAUCCCCUUAUUCCGACGUAAGGACACAUUCAGCACUGCAGCAGAGUACGAGGCCGUAGGAGGAGGCGGGAAUGCGUCCAUCCCAUUGAAAGUAGAGGGAUCAGUAGUCUCACUUAAAUCACCAAUUACCUCGAUGACAUUAUCCAUAUCCUCAACAAUAUUGUUGGUAGGAUGUAAGGACGGCACGAUAAAUCUAUAUUCAUUACCUUCACAUCAACAUCUACGUACUCUCAAUUCCCACAAUGGACCGAUAACCCACUUAUCCACGCUGCUUAAACCAGUAGACCUGACCACUUCUUCCUCCGGGGGCAGUGGAGCAGUAGUGGAACAAUGGCCAAUAAUGGAAAUCAAAAAUUUCGAGAGGAUGAAAUCCCAAAAUCAUAAAUCCAGUCAUACCAUAACUAUCAAAUUACCUCAAAAUCACCUCACUGCUAUUUCCACUUCAACACUGUUCUCUCAAUUAGAAGAUCUACGUCCUCAGACUAAGAAGUCGAUAAGUGGUGGACAGGGUAAUGGUGUGGAACAAGAUCAAUUGGAAGCUUUAAUAGCUGAGAAUAAGAGGUUGAGGACCUCGCUGGAUAAGGCCACAAAGAUAAAUGAGAAGAUGUGGAAUGGGAUUGUAGAUAUGAAGUUGGCUAAUGGGGAUCAGUAA